AUGCCUCUGCCUGAGGCCUCGUUCUCGGUAUCGGUAGCACCAUCGGUGGUGUCUUCGCGUAGCUCACAACAGGCAACCCGUUCGCCGCCGGUGUCGUCCGUCGAAAGUAGCCCCUCUCCCACGUCGUCGGUGUACUUAAAUCGUCAAUUCGCAGAAAUUGAACCACUUCCCUCCUGCUCUAACGAUAAUGCAACUGUGUUCGCUCCAACAAACAAACAACAAAAGAUUGUGUUCCUAUCAACAGCACUGGUGCGCAUAGUGGACGUUAAUGACUGUCUAGCUCUUCCCGAGCUAACAGUUAGCCUUCCAAGUGCUCAUGUUGACAUCUCACACUGGCAAAUUCCACGUAAGUUGCCCUUAGCAGAUCCAAAGUUCAAUGUGAGCCACGGAGUCGAUUUGAUAAUUGGGGCUGAACUAUUUUUCUCACUGAUCGAAUCGCAUCAAUUAGUUUUAGCUGACAAAUAUCCCAUUUUACAGAAAACAAUGCUGGGUUACGUGGUAUGUGGAAAAUACUCGACAAACGAAUCUGCAACGGUGGCAUGUCAUGUUGUCACUGAUCAGAAUUUGAACAUUCAACUAGAAAAAAUGUGGGAGGUUGAAAAUCUCGAUAUUGGAAAGGCUCUUACGCAAGAGGAACAGGAGGUCGAAAAUCACUUUCAGCAAACCGUGUCUCGUGAUACUGACGGUCGUUACGUGCUUCGUCUCCCAUUCCGGGAGUCUUGGACUCCAUUGUUGGCGAGCUCUUAUGAGCAGGCAAAGCGGCGUUUUCUGCUCAUGGAAAAGCGGUUUUCCCGAGAUAACACUCUUCGCGAUGAAUACGUGAAGUUUAUGGAUGAUUACGAGAGCAUGGGGCAUAUGAAAGUUGGUUCAAGCGUCGCGGGUCCGCAGUAUUUCCUCCCACAUCAUGCUGUUCAUCGGCUGGAAAGCAGUACGACAAAAACUCGUGUCGUUUUUGAUGCUAGCAGUAAGGGAUCAGGUACACUCACUCUCAAUGAUGUACUUCGCAUUGGUCCCACAGUGCAACCAACACUAUUAGCUACCGUUGUUAACUUCAGAAUGCCGCAGUACGUUUUCACUGCUGACGCGGAAAAAAUGUUCCGCCGAAUUUGGAUUCAUCCCGAGGAUCGAUCGUAUCAGCAGAUUGUCUGGCGAUGA